UGCUCUAUGCGCGCACUCGUUUCACGUUUGGUCCGUUCGGCCGGGUGGCAGUAGCUUGUGUAAUUAAUUUGUUCCAAACAAAGUGAGACUCACCCCGCAGAGGCCGGAUGAUACAAACAGACUAGACAGUUUUUCCAACUGUUGUCUUUUGUUUGAAUCUCUGAAACACAUAGUAUAACGUUACCAGACAUGGGUCCCGGAUAAAGGAAAGAAUAUUCCAGAAACACCGUGAACUGCGGGGUUUCGAGUGCGGGCAGGAGCGGCGCGGCCCGCCGCCGUGAAGGAGCUUAGCAGCCGGGAGAAGCAGAAGGAGUCGCCGGCAAUUGUGUUUCAGAAACGGAAUUCACUUCUCGCCAAAUUGAAGCCCCGUCCCCAUUCCUAACUACCCUUCCUGAUUCUGUUCUGGGAGAGUUCAGACCAGUAUCAUCGCCAAGAUAGCCGGGUCAGGCAGAAAGAGGCACACCUCAGAUCCAGACCCCAGCAGCGGUAGCGAUUCAGGCGACGGGCGGCCUGUUAGUGCCAAGUGCCUGAAGAUGGCCAGCAGCGGUGGCAGUGGUGUGGCUGGUAAUGAGACAGUGGGCCGGCAUGGUGGGGCUCAGCACAGAGGAGGCAGCGGUAGGGACAACAGUUCAGACCUGUCCUCCAGUACCAGUAAGAAGAAACAGAAGGACCGGGCCAACCAGGAGAGCAGAGAGGCCAAGAGGGCCACCGCAACAGCCGCUGCAGCAGUAGAUGGGGUCAUUGCAGAGGUCAAGAAAGAUGUGUUUGUGGACUGGAAGCAGAAUGUCAAUGAAGUGACUGUCAGACUGCGCUGUGGGGAGGGGGUGCAGAGGAUAGAGGAUAUCAACACAACCUUUACUGAUACACACUGCAAUGUGUGCUUUCCAGAUGGACGGCAAUGGAGCUGCCAGUUGCAGGAGGAAAUUGAGGCCUCGUGUAGCAAAGUUCAAUACAAGGAGAAGGCAGGUUUCCUGCAUGUCAUCAUGCACAAGAAGAUUCCCUUUCACAGCUGGCCUUCGCUUAAGUCAAACAAGAAGGAGAAGGAGGCAGUACCUACGGAGACCAAAAAGGACAAGGUCAAGGAGCUGGAGGUAAAACCUGUUGCCUUGGCGUCAUUAGAAAAACCCAAACUGUCCUCCUCGCAGCCAAAACUCCAGCCCCAGCCUCCCUCCUCACCUGCGCACAGCGAGUCAAGACGCAGCGGUGGCAAAGCUGAGCGGGGUUUCAAGCGCGGCAUAAAAAACAAACCAGCGUGUGACAAGGCCACAACGGACUCUGGGGGGGCGAAAGCUGGAGAUGGCCCAACCACCACCAGCAAUCCUGUGGCAGUCACGCAAGGCGAGCCUCAGGAACCCAGUGCCAAGCGCACCGUUGUACAGCUACCCAAGACAACCAAGGAGGCUCCGUCACCGGCCAACAGGGACGCGCAAUCUGUCGAGUCUACAGUAGCCAGUGGUAAAGCUCCACACACACACCUGCCCGCCGGUCGGAGCCCGCAGAUGCAACACAAAGAUGUAGACAACAGAGCAGAGAGACUAAGCAAUGGCCAGGAACAAAAACCAGAAGUGCCUGUUGCUGCUGGCAGCCAUACUAUCAAAACUCAGGUGGCAGAGAAGGCUAACCAGUCUUCAGACAGGUCAGGAGCUACAGCAACAGCACACGGCAGUGAUAGACAACCAGCAACUCCCGUCAGCACCGGUGACUGCCUCGAACCCGUCGGCUUUAACAACGGGGUGGAAUCUGCCUCUCUAGAAACGCUGGGGGCUAGAACUGACUCUGAGCCAGAGCAAAAGCCUGUUGAGCAGGAAUCGGAGCAGGAUACUCUGAUCCGCCGGCAGCUUGAAUCAAAAGAGGCAGGUUUGAUAUCGGCUGUUGGCGUGGCUGGCAAACAAAGCCAGUCCCUUGAUCCAGCUCAGAGGCACGUCAGCUGUGACGAAGAGGAGAAGCAGGACCAGUCGAAGGAGGAGCCUCCUCUGGAAAUGAGACAACCAGAAGUCCCAGAGUCGAUGGUUAACCUGCAAUUUGUGAAGAAUGAUUCGUACGAGAAGGGCACGGACCUGAUGGUGGUUAAUGUUUACAUGAAGGGGAUCUGCAGGGACACGGCCAGGGUCAUCUUCAGGGAGCAGGACUUCACCCUCAUCUUCCAGACAAGUGAUACUAACUUUCUGCGGCUUCAUUCAGACUGUGGUCCAAACACAGUCUUCAAAUGGCAAGUCAAACUCAGGAAUUUGAUCCAGCCUGAGCAGUGCAGCUACUCCUUCACCCCGUCCCGACUGGACAUCACUCUGAAGAAAAGGCACAGCCAGCGCUGGGGGGGCCUGGAGGCCCCCGCCACACAAGAGCCGGUGUCACACGAUCUGCACUUCAGAGAGCCGCGGUCGCGCGACCUCCACUUAGAAAUCGAUUGUGUUGGAGUCGUCAGGGACCUCAUGGUGCAUCCAGGUGCAGUGGGUGGCGCCAAGGUUGCUGUACCCUCCAGCCCUUCGUGCAUUGAGAAGAGCCAGCCAGGCAGCAGCCAGCAUAGCCUCCCAGCCAAGGAGGAGCCUCCAAGGGUCGGGGAGGAGAAACCUAAGCCCCCCAAGGCCUCAUCCAGAGUGGAGGAUGGCGGUCUAGAUAAUGUUGCUCCUCGCACGGUCUCUGAGCCCACUGUUACCACGCCUAAACCUACCUGCAUGGUGCAGCCCAUGACCCAUGCACCUCCUGCCGGCAAUGAGCGCCAUGAAGAAGAGGAGGAGAAGAAGGUGUGCCUGCCUGGUUUUACAGGAUUGGUCAACCUCGGCAACACCUGUUUCAUGAACAGUGUCAUCCAAUCCCUGUCCAACACCAGAGAACUCAGGGAUUAUUUCCAUGAUCGAGCAUUUGAGGCAGAAAUCAACUGCAACAAUCCUCUAGGAACAGGAGGCAGGCUAGCCAUCGGCUUUGCUGUGCUGCUCAGGGCCCUUUGGAAAGGAACACACCACGCCUUCCAACCUUCAAAACUCAAGGCAAUUGUGGCCAGUAAAGCCAGUCAGUUUACAGGUUACGCCCAGCACGAUGCCCAGGAAUUCAUGGCUUUUUUGCUGGACGGGCUCCACGAGGACUUGAACCGCAUCCAGAAUAAACCUUACACAGAGACCGUCGACUCUGACGGACGGCUGGAUGAGGUGGUGGCUGAGGAGGCAUGGCAGAGGCACAAGAUGAGAAAUGAUUCCUUUAUAGUGGACCUCUUCCAAGGCCAGUUUAAAUCUAAGCUUGUCUGCCCCACAUGCUCCAAGGUUUCCAUCACUUUUGACCCUUUCCUCUACCUGCCCGUGCCCUUGCCCCAGAAACAAAAGGUGCUCUCAGUUUUCUACUUUGCCAAGGAACCUCAUAAAAAACCCAUCAAGUUUUUAGUGAGUGUGAGCAAGGAGAACUCCAGCACCGCUGAAGUCCUCGAAUCCAUCUCCAAGAGUGUCAGGGUCAAACCAGAGAACCUCAGGCUGGCAGAGGUGGGGAAGAACCGCUUUCAGCGCACGUUCUCGCCGUCCCAUUCCCUGGACAUGGUGUCCUCCUCUGACAUGUUGUUCUGCUUUGAGGUGCUUUCCAAAGACAUGGCCAAAGAGAGAGUGGUAUUGCUUCGUGUGCAGCAGAGACUCCAGGUCCCUAAUAUCCCCAUCUCAAAGUGUGCUGCCUGCCUGAAGCCUCCAGUGUCUGAGGAAGACAAGCUGAAGCGGUGCACUCGCUGCUAUCGUGUGGGCUACUGCAAUCAAGUGUGUCAGAGGACCCACUGGCCCAAUCACAAGGGUCUGUGUCGACCCAACACGGAGAACGUGGGCCUGCCCUUCUUGGUCAGCGUACCGGAGUCCCGCCUCUCCUCUGCUCGUCUCACCCAGCUACUAGAGGGCUACUCCAGGUUUUCCAUCAACGUGUUCCAGCCUCCUUUCCAGUCAGGUAGGACAUCACCCGAAACAUCCCAGUGCCGGGUUGACCUUCCCCCAAUCCCAGCAGGCUCUCCUAAGGGUCUUGGGACAGGGGACGAGGCCAUGGGUGAUAGCAGUACUGUAGGAGCAGGUGAUCUGGAGCUGGAGAGUCACUCCCUGCUGCCUGAGUCCCAAGGGAAGAAUCCUCAGGCCUCAGCCCUCCAGUCUAGGGACUCAGAUUCCCUUUCCUCCUCCCAGACCUCACUCUCCACCACGCGGACUUCAGAUUCAGGAUUUUCUGAGCCAAUCUCAUCCACAUCCUGCUGCUCUCUGGACCCUCAUGCUGAAAAAGAGACGUCCUGUGAGAAGGCAGUGCGGCCAGAAGCUGCAGUAACAGGAUAUCAGCAUCCAAGUGAAUCAGCGUCAGGCCAUGCCAGUCAGUUCUACAUAGCUCUCCUGGAUUCUAACCACAAGGAACAAAAGCUGGAUGAGAAAGAGGACCUUCUGGCGGACCUCCCUGAAGACGCAACCCUGGAGCUGGUGUGGAAAAACAACGAGCGUCUGAAGGAGUAUGUCCUGGUGAGCUCUAAGGAGCUGGAGUACGAUGAGGACCCCGGCUCUCUGAGUGAGACAGCCAGAGCGGGACACUUCACCCUGGAGCAGUGCCUUAACCUCUUCACAAAGCCAGAGGUGCUGGCACCAGAGGAGGCAUGGUACUGUCCAAAGUGCCAACAGCACCGAGAGGCCUCCAAGCAACUGCUGCUGUGGCGUCUGCCCAACGUUUUGAUUAUUCAGCUGAAACGCUUCUCCUUCCGGAGCUUCAUCUGGAGGGAUAAGAUCAAUGACAUGGUUGACUUUCCUGUCAGGAAUCUGGAUCUAAGUAAGUUCUGUAUUGGCCAGAAGGAUGAGAUGCAACAACCCCCCAUCUACGAUUUAUAUGCAGUCAUCAACCACUAUGGAGGGAUGAUAGGAGGCCACUACACGGCGUACGCUCGCCUGCCAAGUGACAAGAACAGUCAGCGCAGUGAUGUUGGCUGGCGUCUGUUUGAUGACAGUACCGUGACGAUGGUGGAGGAGAGUCAGGUGGUGACGCGCUACGCCUACGUCCUGUUCUACCGACGACGGAACUCACCCGUGGAGAGGCCCCCACGCUUCCUCAGGCCUGUAGGAGCAGAGUCGCCCUCUGCCACAGGAGCUACUGCGAGCCAGGCCUCUCUAAUAUGGCGGGAACUGGAGGAAGAAGAGGAGGGGCUCAACGAAGGCCCCCGCGGACUGCUCCGCUCUGCGCGGCAGAGGCGACAAGCGUCGAGGAACGGAGAUGAGGAAGACGAAGACAGAACUGAAGGAUCUGUGCGGCGGCACCGCAGGCAGAGGAUGUCGGACCAUCCCGAGGAUGACUGUGUGCGCUAUUUUGUUCUGGGCACUAUGGCAGCCGUGUUUGCUCUGUUCGUCAAUUUGGUCUACCCUCUGCUUUACAAAUCCAGCUGGACCUGAUCAGUCGCUCGAUGGUGACUUGAUUUUGGCCGGGGGCAUUCAGAAAUAUGAUUGUUGGUUAGAUAGGAAUCUUUGGAAGUUUUAAUACAUAACCACUACUCUUGUGGAAGAACCCAGUAAGUCAUCCUUCCAUUGGCCUAGCUAGUAGAGUGGUUCUUCCAACACUACAACAAGAGUAUGUAUACCUUUACAUGGCUCAACCCUUUAAAAUACUUUGGGCACUACUUCACACAUUUAAAAAAACACUGAGGUUAGGCUGGGUGAUAUGGCCAAGAUCCUCUAUCCCCAUAUAGGGCCUUUCAUAUCUUGAUAACUAUAUCACGAUACAGCAUGUUUUGUGGUAAUUCAAUAAAUAAAUAGUAUACAUGAAAUAAUGUUAAAGCCUCACAAAUAAAGAGUACUUAGUAUUUUCUUAUUUCAUUAAGAACUGCAUAAUGUGCAAGGAUCAGAACUUAAAGCGUCGUCCAAACAUAAAUAAAUGUUGCGGCAGCGCUGUUCGGCCGCCUGCUGGUCUUUCCUCAUCGCAAUACAAACAGAAAAAUAUAUAUGAUCACAUUCAUGUAUCGUCUUGACUAUAUACUGUAUAUAGUCAAAUCAGCCAGCCCCAACUGAGGAGACAGCUAAAAUAAAAUUCGUAUUCGUCAUCGUAAGCGAAUGUCGUAGUUCAAGCUGCAGUAGACUGAUCGUAUCAGCACAGUACCCGUCUCUGUGCAUUGUGUUGCCCCUUGCUUCCAGUGCAUGUGUACUUUUUAACAAUUUGGCAGUUUAUUUUGGGUCAUAUUUUGAAGAUAGUUCUCAGAUGGUGAUGGCCUAAAUCAACUACACUAAUAUUAAAUCAUGGAAUCAUUCUUCAAUCGCAGUUUGGCUAAAAAAAAAAUCCUAAUUCAUGGAGGUGUGGUUUUAAGUUCUGAAAAAGCUUGCAAGUGGACCUUUAGUUCCGAUUUCUUUUUGCCAAAGAAACUGCAUAUUUGUACCAAGUGCUUAUAACCUGAUAAAUGACAUUCUAGUAGUAAAAGAAACGUGUUGUCGAUCUCCAGAUGAAGCCACUGAUGAAGACAGUCUUUUGUUUUUAUUGCACUACACUCAAGAGAAUGAGAUCGCAAAUUCCUGCAGUACGAGAGCAAGAAAGAGUAGGAUGUAAAGAGAGGAACUUCAACAGCGGCACUUUUCAAAUGUUAUAUUCUAAAGCAAAAACAACUAUUUUUGUGUGUGUGACCAAUUGCUGUUGUCUUUUUAUGUCCUUAAAUUGAACACUUACUGAUUUAUGGUAUAUCACUGUUUGCCUCCAUCAUGUUUUUUUUAUUAUUAAAUUUCAGCAAUAUGUCCUGCAGUUCAUUGUAAUUAGAUUUUUUUUUUUUAGAUGUUUGUCUUUAGUUUUUUUUAUUACUAAAAUGCCUGUCAAAGUCUGUUUUAGAUGCUUUUAAUGUAAUAUUUUUUAAAGCCAUAGCCAGGUGAGGAUUUUAAAUUCUCAGGAUAAAAUGUAGUAAGACAAUGUGUCGCUCUUUGUCCGUGAGAAAUUUACGGACAAUGCAGUGUUGUCACCACAACGUUCAACUAGGAGCGUGCAAUUAUUGAUUAAGGAAUUACCGUCCACCUCUGAAUGUAAUGGUUUUUAAUGUGUUAACUCUGUUUUGAGUGAAAAGCAGUUGAUUAUGGACAGUUUUGGAGCUCUAAAACAUUACAUUUUACAUUAUUUUAAAGUACUCAAUUACUAGAAACA